GUUUAUGUGUUUUCGGCUUUCGCACACAUAACAUAACCUCUGUAAAAUGAAAACAUACUCCGGUCGCUCACGUAGGUGUACUAUCGUGCAAUCGCAAUUUGUAAAACGCAAGCUACGCAACCAUGAAUUUUGGAGAAAAAGAGAACUUUUACGAAAAGCACCGCUAUUUCUUCCAAGGGUAUUCCUUCAAAUUUGAAGGCCUAAAGCCGUCGUUACAAACUAAAUUCGAGAACGUUGUCACGAAACUAAGUGGUAUGGUGUGUAAUGAUGCUCUUUAUACGCUAUGUGACGAGUCGUAUUUCGAUAGACUAGAAAAUCAGAAAAGAGCUGAUUUGUUUAGUAUCAAUUUUAUUUUGGAUUCUAUAAUGGCUAAUGAUCUACUUAAUAUUGAAAUAUAUAGGUAUACGUCAACAAACUUGCAACAGAUUGAAAGUCCUUGCUGUUUAAUCAGUAAAUAUGUUUUAAGGACAUAUUCAUGUCUCAGGUAUUAUCAGGAAAAUGUGCGCUGUGAGAGAUGUUGCAGUUUUGAUAAUAAUAAACAUAAUGAUGACACAAAUUCCAAACUUUGCAAAAAGUCUAAAGAUAAAGAUGAGACUGAAAAUGUUUAUCAAGAGGAAUUGACAAAAUGCAAUAAUGAAGAAAUCAAUUCUAUUGAUGAGGUAGAGGAAAUAAUUCAAAGAAAAAGAAAACAUGCCGUAGUUGAAAUUCUUUCCCCAAAAAAGAAUAAGUUGUCAACAGUUCAAAUAAAUGAAGAUAAGAAAGAUGUUACUGAAAAAAGAAGACGUAAGGCAAUUAUUUAUGUUGGAGAUAAUGCGUGGAAAAGGGUAGACGUAAAUCAUCCUAUGGAGCAAGAAAAUAUUGCUGAUAACAUGGAUAAUUCUCCAGAAAUUCAAACAAGAAAGUGGUGGACAUGUUUGCCACCACCCAGCCAAUCAAAAUCUGUCAAGGAACGAAUGUAUGAAAAAGGAGAAAGACGUCGAGGACAUGAUUACAGCAUGAACGAGAAGAGGCAGAUGAUUGCUUAUUUAAUUAUGCGGAAUAAAAUUAAUGAUUGCAGAAUGCGUGAUCCAUGGCGUCAAAUGCAAGCUGAAGGCUACUUAAGUAAUCGAUCUGUGGAAUCCUUACACAACCAUUUUAGGAAGAGUAUUCUGCCUAAUAUUCACAAGUUCGGAUUGCCAGAGGACAUUGUAUUGAAAUUUUAAUGAACAAAAUUUUGUUUUAGUUUAUGUACGUAUAUAUUUUACAGUUUUUCUUAUUUGCGUCGAUUUUAUGGAACCUAUUUUUUAAGCAUUACCAUUUUUUAUGGAUCUAUUUUUCAAUUCACACAUCAAAAUUUCUAAUGUAUUUAUGUCUUAACAUUAUAAAUACAUGCAAAAUUUCGAGU